AGUUACACAUCGAAGGAAAUUGGUUUGCUGACACACUAAACGUAGCUGGUUUAUUUAAUGAUGUGGAUAUGAGUUCCUGGAAAAGUGAUACAGUCCUUAAAACUGGAGAACAUCAAACUAUUAUUUCACAGAAAAGUCUUAAUUUCUCUUACUGCUCAAAAUGCCGAAAUAGUAGCGAUGGAAAAUCUUAACAUUAAACGUCUGGUGGAUGUAGUUUUGGUCCAUCAACCUGCUACCCUUUAUUCCGACAUAGUGCUGAACGGAACGGUUUUCACCAAUGGAAUAGUCGUAAAUGGUAAUAUCGAUGGAGUGUUCAAACAGCAAUGCUCCAUUGAACUGGCUACGCUAUGGAGUAAAUCAAAAUUUAUCCGGUAAUGUUGAAGUUCGAGGAUCGCUGGAUGUAGGUGACUUUCGACAAGAUUCUUGGAUGGUGAACGGUGUCGAUUUGAACGUAUUGCUCCAAGAUGCAGUUCGUAUUAAUGACCUUAAAGAGUUUUCCUCCCUUAAAUUUGAUCAUAUUGUUAUAGAUGACCUGAAAGUGGAAGGCCUUAUUCAAGGACAUAAUGUCACUGAAGAACUCGUUCUGAAAGACUCUGAUGUUCAUCGAACUAUUUCGGGUGUUAAAUCGUUCGCUGGGCCCCUCGUUUCAGACUCGCUUCGCGUGGUAAAAGAUCUGAAUAGUGUGGAUCCAAAGCAAGUGUGUCAGAACCCGAUACCUCCCCAAACCUCGAAAUGGAUCGUUUAAGGUAAUGUAUUAAUGAAGCGAGAUACCAAACUGAACACAUCAAAGGUCAAUGAUCUAAUGCUUGGUGAAACAACACGUCAUCUAUGGCUCAAAGAAGCUAAUGUUGACAUCAAGCCUCAACAGAAGUUUAAAGAUGUCAUUAUGAAUGGAGUUCUCUCACAGAGAAUAGUUAACAAGGUGAAUUUCACGGAUUUGAAUCGACGAUCAGUCAAACUCUCGUCUCUUCCUGAGCAACGCAUUAACGCUUUUCAUCGGUUCCAAUCUCUGCAAGCUAGUAACAUCACAGUCGAGUCGUUAAACAGUUCCCGGAUAAACAAUAUUGAUGUCAAUCAUAUUACGCACGCUGUUUUGCUCCGAGAUACGGAGCAGAACAUUUCAAAUCCCAUUAAGUUCCAGGAUGUCAUCGCAUCGAACGUAACCAUGAGCGGCUUGCUGAACGAAGUGGAUGUCAACACAACUCUCAUGAGAAUCGAUCGGGGAAAUGUGGUAACUGGCAAGAAAUCUGUGAAGACACUUUCAGUACAAGGGUCCAUCGAUGUGUGCAACAAUUGUUCAGUUGGAACAUUCGACAUAUCAAACUGGGCCUCGAGAGCUGUGCUUCGUAAAGGCAACUUUACACUUCCAGGAGCAAAAUUCGAAUCCCUGGUGUUUCAACAGCCUUUGAAUUUGAAUGGUACACUUAACAACGUCGCAGUUAGCCGUGAUCAUGUGCUUACUCUCUCCGACCAGCAAGAGAUGAACGGACCCCUGUCACUUUCUUCAUUGCUUCCUCACAACAUGUUGUUUUCAAGUGAGCAAGUACCACUUUAUCAACAAUCAACAGAAGGAUUCAAAGUGGCUGGGAAAUUUACGAAGCUUCAAGUUAAUGGAUUAUAUGACGGCAUUUCCUUGCCACAUUUCUACGAUCAAUUAGUUCGACGUGAUACAAUUAUGGUGUUUUCAGAGCCAGUGGUUUUGUCGAGUUUGAUUGCCAGGAAUUUCCAAGAUUCUUCCACCAAUUCUACCAUCGGCGAUAUUAUUACGCUACCGUUAAAUGCUACCCAUCACGUCGCUGAUAGUCCUGUUAUUCCUCCAGAGAUGCGUCAACGCUCCUUAUCUUCUUUGGUCCAGAAAAUCAAGCGCGUUGUCUCACGUCAGUCAGUUGAACUCAGGUUCUUUGAAGAAAUGACAGUACCUGGAGCGAUACCACGGUCAGCGGAUUACAUUUAUGCCUGGGAAACUCGAGGCGGCGAAAUUGAACUGUGCUCCUAUGAUGAAGAGCUGGGAGAGUUAUUUUACAGCUCAUCAACCUCCCCGUUAAUGAAGGGCGUUGAGUUAAGUGGCGUUGCAUAUCUCAGAGAUGCUGAAGAUUUUGCUGUGACAGCCCUGAACGGCUGAACCGCAGUUCUAGUUCACAAGAAAGCCACGAUUCGUUUAUCUUUUCCCCCAAAGCUUCGGGCGAACUUGCGAGGCAAACAAUCCCUACCGAUUUCCCUAUUGGCGGUACUGCAUUUUUGCUUUCCAACAGUUCUUGCUACCUGUUUCUUGAAUUGACAUCUGAUUCACUUAUUUAUUGCCGAUCGUUGGGGUCUAACGGAACUUACGACUUUUUUCAGCGCUUACCCACUGUUGAUGGCCGACUGGUUACAGUCGGUUACCAUUACAGACAGCACGGGAUUACCUCUACUGACCAUUGCAAGCGUAGCAAAGCGAGGAUACGGUCACAUUACAGUCUGGAAUUUCAAUGUUACAAGCGGAUGGUUUCAACCCUGGAAAACAAUAGUCACCUUACAGAUAGUUGCCUUGGAUUGUGUCUGCAACGAGGCUCAAUGUCUUUUGGUCACCGUUGCACCUUCUAAACCGGCAGCCAUUCCUGGUCAAGUUAUUGUUUGGAGUUUGAAUUAUGUUGGACCUCCGACAAGAUUACAGAGAAUCACGUUUUCUGAGCCCAUCGACGCUAAAUUCUCUCGAUUGCCGGACGGGCGUCUAACAUUAAUGGUUCUUCAGACUAACGGUGUUGACAAUGUUUCCGUCUACGUUUGGAGAGGCCUUUUGCAAUUCCAACACGACACUAGUCCGAGUUCCCGGAGCGAAGUUUCUUCAACUGAUUUCUAAUGACGCCAAAUUGAUGCUUGCCUUAUCUGUUACCUCGUCGAUCGUUACUGAAUUGCCCUAUGGCCCGUUGAGAAUGUUCCGUGCCCAAUUUGUUGGUCAAAUAUCCACUAAUUAACUAA